CCUCUGCCAUGUUCAUAUAUCCUCCUCUGUUCAAACUUCUUAACAUAGAAUUUAUCUAUUUCUUGUAAGCAACAAUGGUCGUGCCUUCUCCAACUCCAAUGCGCACCAAGAAAACCAGAGCUAUUGGAAUUCCCACCAUUGAUCUUUCUCUUGAUAAGUCUCUUGUUUCUGAGCUGAUCGUAACAGCAUGCGAGGAUUAUGGUAUCUUCAAGGUCGUCAAUCAUGGAGUCAACAAGGAGGUUGUGUCAAGAUUGGAGAAGGAAGCUGUUGAUUUUUUUGCAAAACCAGCAGCAGAAAAGCAACGUGCUGGACCUGCUACUCCUUUUGGCUAUGGCUGUAAGAACAUCGGCUGCAAUGGCGAUGUGGGUGAGCUUGAAUUUCUUCUCCUUCAAACGAAUUCUGUAUCCAUUUCUGAGAGAUCAAGAACCAUCUCCAGUUCUGACCCUUCAAAAUUCAGUUGUGCUGUGAAUGAUUACGUAGAAGAAGUUAGAGAAUUGGCAUGUGAGAUUCUUGAUCUCUUGGCAGAGGGAUUAUGGAUGGAAGAUAAGCAUGUAUUCAGUAGGCUAAUCAGAGACGUCAAUAGCGAUUCUGUGCUUAGGGUUAAUCACUAUCCAGCGGUCAAGGAGGUCAAGGAUUGGGACCCAUCACCUAAGAGGAUUGGAUUUGGUGAGCAUUCUGACCCUCAAAUCAUGACCAUUUUACGAUCCAACGAUGUUGCUGGCCUCCAAAUUUGCCUGCGUGAUGGUUUGUGGGUCCCCGUCCCUCCUGACCCCACCGGAUUCUUCUUAAUUGUCGGAGACGCCUUGCAGGUUUUCACGAAUGGGAGGCUUCUUAGCGUGAGGCACAGGGCAGUAGCGAACUCGGCGAAGACAAGAAUGUCAACGAUGUACUUCGGAGCACCACCACUAAAUGCAUGGAUUUCUCCUCUGCCGGAGAUGGUAUCACCCCAGAAUCCCAGCAAAUAUAAGCCCUUCACAUGGGGUGAGUUCAAGAAAGCUGCUUACUCUCUACGACUAGGAGAUACUCGUCUUGAUCUCUUCAAGAUUCACGCCUCCGACCAUAAAAUCGGCUCUUGACUAAACAUCAUCCAUCGUCCUCUCCGAAUUAUAUAUAAAUAUAUGAAUAUACUGUCUCUAGAAUUAAUGCACCAGUGCACUCUCGACCAAUCCAAAAAAAUGGAAAUUCUUUUGUAGGUGUAAAUAGGCCACAAUUGAAGGCUACGGUAUCCUUAUCUUGUUUGGCAGUUUUUCUUUCA